UCUCCCUCUCGGUCUGUCUGACUACCUCACUCCACCUCUCUCUCUCUCUCUCUCUCUCUCUCUCUGUUUCUCUCCUUUCUUUUCGCUCAGUGAGUCGCAGUAAAUCCUAUUGUGAUGCUAAACUGAUUUUCGGAAGACAGAUAGAGCGAGAGAGAGAGAGAGAGAGAGAGAGAGAGAGAGGAGGUCUGGGUUUCUGUUGGAGCACAUCUCAUCUGUUCUGACCUUCGUUCCUCUUGAGGUUUGUCACACUUUGUCCUCCCGGUAAACUUGCUCGCCCCCCCCGGACUCCAGCGGGUGUUUUCGGGGUGUUGUUGGACUCUACUCCGCCGCUCUCUGCGCUUCAGGAAUGCACUUUGCAGGAAACGCAGCUCGCCGCUCCGGACGCCUCCUUCUCUUAUCGGGGAGUUACUAAUGAAUGAAGGAAAUGAGCUCGUGAAGGAGGGAUCGCUUUCUGCAGUCCGGUGCCCGACCCCUCAGUCCGCCGGGCCGCAGCCGGGCUGAGGACAGAGGUGAGCCCGGGGGUGAGCGCUCCACGUCGCGCGGCAUGGAGAACGGCGUCCGGGCGGGGCUCCGGCAGCCAGCGGGCAGAGGAGGAGGAGUAGGCGGCUGGGUGCUGGUGGAGGCCCGGCUGCAGGGAGGAGCGCCGUGGGGCUUCACCCUGCAGGGCGGCCUGGAGCACCGAGAGCCGCUCAUCAUCUCCAAGGUAGAGGAGGGCGGUAAGUCAGACAGUUUGGAGCAGCCUUUGCUGGCGGGGGAUGAGAUCAUCAUCAUCAACGAUGUGGAGCUGACCGGAUACAGACAGGAAGCCAUCGCUCUGGUCAAAGGAUCGUACAAGACUCUGCAGCUCACCAUCCGCAGGGAGUUUGAUCCAGGAUACAUCAAGGAGUUUGGUUCUUCACGUCCCUCCCUCCCUGCUCUUCCUCCUCCUAAUUCUCCUCCUCCUCCUCCUCCUCCUCCUCUUUCAUCUCUAUCACCACCACCACCACCACAGCAACAACGCCGACGACAAACAACGCCGUCAUCCCGCCACAGCAGACCAUGUUCAGCCGGAGGAGUCCAACUACGCAUCAAGAGCAGACGCAGUGAGACGGCCUCCCGUCCUCACUCGUGGCAUUCAACGAAGCUCUGUGAAGGUCAGCAGCCGUCAGAGCAGGAAGGGAUGGACACAAUGAGCAGCACCUGGCACCACAGCUACCACGCCAGUGCCUCUACCACCGACCUGUCCGGUGGGUUUGACUCUGGUGGCAGCUACCUGAGGAAGAGUCCGGACCAGUACAGCUCUAGGGGCAGCAUGGAGAGCCUCGACCCCCCUCAGUCCUCCCAGCUUCACUCUGGAGCUCAGCACCACCACCCACUGGGCCACCACACCCACAGCGGACCCCAUCCGGCCUACUCCUCCUGCCACCAGCUGUCCUCCGCCAGGUCCUCUAACAGCAUCGACCACCUCCACAGCAAACGAGACUCUGCCUACUCCUCGUUCUCCACCAGUUCCAGUAUCCCAGAGUACCUUGCCUCCAACCCUUCCUUCAGCCCGGAGCGCUCCUAUUCACUGGAGACCGUCCCUCAGAGAGAAGGAGAGAGUGGAGAGAUGCAGCAGGCUGACAUAUGUUACGUCCGGACGGUUUACGACACCGAGCAGGGCCUAUCUCAAGAGCACGAGCUGAGCUCCGCCUCCACCGCUGUGCUACGCAACAGCGAUUCCAGAGGCGAGGGAGGGGCAAGGCAGGGGCUAAGCCGAGACCUCCAAGGUUCAGUAGCUGCGGUCUGUUACCCUGGCGGCAGCAGCAGCGGUGCCGCACCGGCAUCAAACAGACACAGUGUGGGUCCGAUCUGGGGCCUGGCAGCCAGCCGCAGCUCCUAUGAGAGCCUGAAGGGGGCGCCAGCUCCACCAAGGCGCAGCGACAGCUACGCAGCCAUCAGGAACCACGAGAGACCCAACUCCUGGUCCAGUCUGGAGCACGCCCGCUCACUACGGUCUCUGCAGAAAGGUUCCUGGCAUCACUCCAGUGGCCCUGUGGCCUCAAGUGCAGCUAAAGGCUCGUACGGCGCGGAGGGCCAGCUCCACACAGUGAUAGAGAAGAGUCCAGAGAGCAGCCCCACCACAAAGCCCCGGCAGGGUGGAGGCUUUCCCCAGCCCCCUUCCCCUACUGGACCCUCCUCUGGAUCUGCGGGCCCCAUCCCUCAGUCUGGCCGGCUCAUUCUGCCCAUGGGCAUGUACCCCGUCCCCCAGCUUGAUCCCCACUACGCACAGAUGCCCAGCGCCAGCCACGGGCCGGGCUCCUCGGGAGUCGACCCUGCCCUGGCCAAGGAGAGCGGCCGACAGCAGCAGGCGUUGCUGCAGGGCGACAGAGGGAGGGAGGAAGGAGCAACGAAGAGGCGGAGGGAUGGAAGGAUGUCAGUGCCAGAAAACAGAUACCAAAACAAUAUUUCUUCUUCACUGUACCAGUAUUCCUCUUCUUCAGCAUCUGCCUCUACACAGCUCAUGCCUCAAGCACACGAAGCAGACAGGCCUCAACAGGAAGAGUGUGGCUCUGAACUCUCCACACACCAAUUGAAAACUGCUGGAGAGGAAUCGGAGGACCAGACAGGAGCCCAAAGGCCUCCAAACCACCAGGGACCUCACAGUCAGAGCUUCGAAGGGUCCCAUGCUCAUACCAGCCAGAAAACCCACAGCCAAGUGUUCCAGGAACGGAACCAGGAUUCCCAUAUUACCCACAUCCAACCAACUGCUGGAUUCAGGCCCCCAUCCUCACAGUGGAGAGAGCCCUGCACACCUGUCCAGUCCAGGGGGGACAGGAGCAGGUCAGUGGACCAGGCCAGCAUUCAUUCAGAGCCAAUGGCGUCCUCCAGGCUCGCCCAGGCACAAGCACCUCCAACCCAGUUACUGGUUCACCCUCAGGUUCUGUAUCCAUCCGCCUCCCAGCCUCAUCCCCGUCACCUCAGUGACUCAGCAGCUCUGCAGUACCAGCACUGGGACCACAGAGAGCGGGACAAAGACAGAGAACACCCGCUGACUCGUCUGGAGAUCGCCCUAGCUGAGGUUCAGCGGUGCGACAGCCCCAACAGUGUCAUCUCUUCCAGUAGCCUUGGCAACAGCAGCUUUGGCGAUGGCAGCCAGGGACCUGUCCGCAGCCUCUCUGUCCUGGAGAAGGUCAGUUGUUUCGAGCGUCGGGAGCGCACCGGAAAGCAGCGCAGUCACAGCACUAUCAAGGCACCAGACAAAGCCAGCCAUGCGAGGAUGACUGAGAAAGGCCGCAGCUCCCCCUGUGGAGCAGAUGACCUCAGAAACAUGCUGGAGAGAAGCAAUAGCAGGACCAAAGCCCACAGGACCAUGAGCUACAGAGGAGGCAGCAGCGAACACAUGAAAUACAGGACCCCAGCAGAUCCCAGUUCAGCUCUCCAGAGGAGCCGUAGCACCUUCCAUUUGGACGAAUCCAGGCAGGACGAAUGCAGGAAAGACUUUCCUCGGACACAGGACAUCCAAGAGAUGUUGGGCUCCAUGCAGGACACGUCCCUCAACAGAUCUUACAGGGACUCUUUGAAAGAUGCCCAGUCAAAGGUCUUGCGGUCGACCUCCUUCAGAAGGAGAGACCUUAGCUCCGCAAUCAGCCCUUCAGCUCCUGCAGCUCCUUUUCCCUUGUCCUUCUCCAGUAGCCCCCGGACUCCACCUGCCAAGUACCAGUCCCUGGAGAAAAAAGGCCCAAAAACCAUGCCCAAACCACAGGGCGUUGUUAUCACGCCACAGUCACCGCCACCGGUCAUUUCCCUUCACACCCCGAAGGAACGUCACGUGGUCAGCCCGGAGACUCAAGGCCCGAGCCCACCAGCCCUCCCCAGUGUCCCGCCAGUUGGACCUCCUCUGGUGCGGAUCUGUGGCCGCAAGCGUCUGACAGUGGACCAGAAAAAGCGAUCAUUCUCGGAGCCAGAGAACAUGAACAAGGUCGGAGUUACAGAUGCAGAGACUGCUGCCCUCUUCAGGCGUGGAGGAGAGACCAGCGUGGCAGACCGGCGGAAGAUGUUCGAGCUUGUGGCGAGCCGCUUCGGGGGAGGGGCUCUGCAAAAAGCCACGUCAAGGCCCGACUUGCGGCAGCUUCAGCACGAUGCUCUGGCUGAAUACAUGGAGAGGAAGAGAAGCGUGAAAAGAGACAAGGGAGGACAGAGGAGUGGACUGAGGCCCCGUAGUGCAUAUCUACAGCCUGAAGACAGCAACUAUACAGUCUCCUGUCACUCAGACACCUUCAGCCUCUCCUCCAGCUCCAGCCUGCUCUCCCUCCAGGACUCCGGGGCAGAUCGAAUCUUCUCCUCUGGGGAGAGGCGUCUCUGCUCCACCCUCCCUCCUGGAGCCGAACAGCGGAACCUCCAGUCCCACCUCUUCUACCUGGACAGGGCGACCAUUCCCAGGGCUCCGGACCACCAGCCUCCCGGUGCUCCAUCUCCUGAGCCCAAGGCCCAGAUCGUGCAGGAUAUCAACGGUGAAGCAGGGCUCAGCAGAGAGAGUCCGUCCUCCAGCAGAGACCUGGACCUGGACCCCCUCCAGCUGGCCGCAGAGCCUCAACUCAACCUGGGACUGUGUAUGCAGCUCAAUGGGGCUCUGCAGAGGACCGGGUCAGCUCGGGGCUCUGGGAUGUCGGCUUCCGCUGAGGAUCUCCUGGAGAGAUCCGAGGAGAGACCAAUGACUCCUCGACACCACCGCUCACGCUCCUCCCCCGCAGUGGAGAGCCAGGACUUCCCUCUAAGUGAUGUCGGGAUGUUUGGGGUCUUUGUCUCUGAACCCGGACGUCGCCCUCUGGUGGCUGAGGACAGUCUGGACCCCUUCCAGCCUGAAGGAACUUCAGACCCAGGCCUCUCCCAUACACCUGUGACCCGUAGGGAGCGACAGAGGAACAGCGAACGCCAGCGGAUCCACAGCACUUCCACUCUGGCGGCCUCCGUUGGCCUGCCCUGCCCCCUCUCCCCACCUGGAGCUCAGGACAGAGGCAGCACUGGGUGGCAUGCUAACGAGAGGCUGAGCCAGGCCAACCUGGAUGCCAUCACCUUCCCAGGCACCCCGCAACCCUGUACAGGUGACGAUGUUGGCAGUAACACUACUGGUCACAAUGAAACUCUGGUGACGGACAGACAAACAAGACACAGUUUGAGUGACCCCAGCACAUUAGAAGACACCGCCAAGGACACGUACAGAGAGAGAGCCUCUAGUUUAGAGAUGAUAAGAGGGUAUUCUGCAGAAAACGGGUUAAAACAAGUUUUGCCAGCAACGCCAGCACAAUUUCAGCGUGCAUCCCCAUCAAACAGGAAGGACAGCAGGAGCAUCGCGUCGUCUCCUCCCCCAUCCGCCCAUCCGUCCAUUCCCCAGCACCUGUCAUCUCUGAGAAUCUCUGAGUCGAGUUUCUUCAUCUCCAUUGACCAGCAGCAACCACUAGAAUCCUCCAUAGGCCUAUCGCAUGAGGACUAUGAUGAAGUCUUCCUCCAAAAUCCUCUGCCAAUCAAAGAGACAAGCAUCUUGGAGGACUUCCCUCCUCCUCCUCCUCCUCCUCCUCCUAUUCCUUCUCCUCCGCCCCUCGAAUUGGAGAAGGAAUCUGCUGUAGGAAGUCCAAGCAUGGAGGUCUCAAACACCUCCACUAUUCCCAACAAGAAGUCAACCCUCCACUCCCCUCCAAUGUCUCCUUCCGAUGUCAAUCCUUCGCCUAUGCCCGUUCUCCUUCCUUCCAUGAAGUCACAGCUCUCCACCAUAGCCUCCAUCACCACAUCUACCACAACCGAUGACACCCUAGGUCUUGAGUACCAGCCCUUACCCAAGAGGGAAAAGACAUCUGAAGAGUUAGGAGUGGAGGCGCUGGCCCGGCAGCUGGUGUUGCAGGACAGCUCUCUGUUGCCCCUCCUGGAAACCUGGGGGAGUAAAUCCACUGUGGAGCUUAUGGAGGAGAUCUUUCCAAACAGAUCAGAGCAAUCACCAAGGCAACGUAGGGGCAGUAGGCGAUUUGAUUACAGGAUCCAAGAUGGCGUCAGUGACCCUGGUCAGAGCACAGCGACGGAUCGAGGGAAGCAGACGGAUCUGGAUGAGGAAGAGAAAGACCUCAGCACCACGAAGGUGGACCUAUGCGAGGCUCUAAGGCGCAGCGUGGCGGCUCUGCGGCUGGAGAAGGAGGCGCUGUGCGAGGAGCAGAGAGGUCACCAGGCGCUGGGGGCGAGCGUUGAGUCUCUGGUGCAGGAACGCCUGAAGACCAACGAGAGGGACAAGUACGGCGGCUUCAUCGGAGACCUGGAGAAGAUCGUGAACCUGCUGCUGUCGCUCUGCAGCCGGCUGUCGAGGAUCGACAGAUCUCUGCUGGCUCUGGAGAGAGGGGAGCUGACGCAGGAGGACACGGCAGGAGAGAGGGAGUCCCUCCAUCACAAACGCUCUCUGCUCCUCGGACAAACCGAAGAUGCCCGGGAGCUGAAAGAGAACCUGGACCGGCGGCAGCGCGUGGUCCACAGCAUCCUGUCCGGGUACCUCGCCGAGCCGCAGCUCCAGGACUACCGGCGCUUCGUCAGCACCAAACCGUCCCUGCUGAUCCGCCAGCGGCGAGUUGACGACCUCAUACGGCAGGGGGAGGAGCAGCUGGCGCGUCUGGCCGAGAGCCUGCCGCAGGAGCUGGCAGAGGCUCACGGUUGGUCGAGAGCGUGCCCGUUCUCCUCAUCGGGCCCCGCCCACUGCCCUUCGCUUUUCCCGCCCUCUUUGACUCCAGGCCCCGCCCACUUAGUCAAGUCCACCACUGUGACAUCACUGUGAUUGCGAGUGGCAGCGAAGGACGGUAAAGACAAGACAAGUGUCUCCCUAGAAGCCCAAGUGAUGCUCCAAACUGAAGGAGGAGCCUGAAACACUGAACAACUAUGCAGACUUCACCCAAUGUGCCUCAUGCUAUUCACAUGUGUCCUGUAGGCCACACCUCUUUUGAACCUGCGGCGAGUGGACGACACCGACUGCUGCCAACGUUUCUCAUCUUCUGCUCUGAAUGGGAUUUGCCAUCGGUGGUUUUCAGGUCUGAAGUUCAUUGUCAAACACUGCAAAAGGACAAUUUUAUUUCUGGAGUUGUCCACCUUUUGUCAUGUUUAAAAUCCAACUUUUCUUUUGCUUUCAAUAUCUACAUUUCUAAAUAUCCCUCUCAGUAAAGAGAAAAGCAGCGAUUUUAAGCUGUGAAUGUAAAUCUCCGCUCUACUUUCUGCCCCAUUUUCCACCUCGAUGUUCUCAGCUUUAAAGGGGUUUAAUAAAACGUCCCACAAUAAAGCAAAAGGAAGUUUUUUUAGCAGCCCUGACGGUGCCUACAGGAACCUCUAACAUUCAGACGCUCUUCCAGAAGACGAAGACGAAGGGAGCAGGUGUUUCAACCUCCCAAAGACAGAAUGCUAUGUCAUCUUUAGAAUAAGAUAUUAUCUUGUCAAAGUUAACAUGUUAACAACGUAAUCAACACCAAAACUGUUUCUAAUUUACGGCUACAAAAAGAAUCAAAAAGAGAUCCUGAGGAUGAACUGCUGUGAGAGGACACUGUCACAUGACCCUGUAACACGACUACUGUCACUACUGUCCGUUGGUCUGGAGCUCGGAGCACUUUUAUUCUUUUACUGUCGCAGCUCGACUUCUGUUGGCUGCAGAAUUUACACUGAAUGAUAAACGUAGUUCUACUUGAUGAGAUGGAACAAUGGACGGCAGAGAAAAUGGAGAUGUUUAGAUUCCAACGAUUCUUCACAGGAUGAAUUGUCUGCAGACGUCAACGUGGUUUUCAGUUUGAAUUUGAAACUUAUUAUUCUUUCUUCCCUUUGUUAAAAGUUUAUUUUAGGGCCACAACUGCAACCAUUACCUUUACUACUUACGAUGUCUUUGAUUAGCGGGAAGAUAUUUAAUCUCAAAGCAUCAGGAAUAACAACAACAAAACAAUAUACUAGACCAAAAGAUAUUUAAUUAAUUAUGACAUGAAACACAGAAAAAGAUUAAGACAAUUGUGCAAUCGUUGACAUUGCUCAUGAAUGUCCUGUCAAUCACUGGGUGCAUUAACGUGGCUAGUGAUGUCAUGAUGUUGAAAUGUCCCGCGCCGUUUUGGAUUCAGAUCAAGUUUUCCAGGUUCCAAUAAACUCACAGCUUCCCAGUAACAUGCUGACACACUAUUUUCUGAUCACAUUUGAUUUGAUUUUCAUUUGUCCUCCUUGUGGAUUUCUGUGAAAAUAAACAGUGGUUGGUUCUCUGGUCUUCUGAGGAAGUCCAUAAAGGGGGAGGGGCUUUAGAAUAAAGAGAUGUUAAGACUUAAAUCGAAGCAGCGAAGGCUGAACGUUUCCUGUCUUUUUUAGUAUGAGUCCCCCCCUCAGAUCUGCAAUGCAACUUGAUAGGACCUAGUAUGAGACCGACCUGCCUGAUAAACGUCCGUAACGUUUAAACUCUGCGGCUCAAGUUUAAAACACAGACUUUCUUCAUGUCAGCGAUGACAUCACUGACAUGGUUCUCCUCCAGAGGUCCGUCUCCACAGUAGACGUUAUGCAGCUGCUCAUGACGAGUAAACUAAUCUUCAUCUUUACCCUUUAACCUUAACAAACUUUCCACUUCACGAAUUAUUAAUUGCUGGGACACAUAACGGGGCAUAUUUUUUCUGUGGUCAUGAAAAGUUUAAAAAAAAAAAAAAGCAGUCAUAACAUCAUAAAUGUUGCACAUUUAAGUUGAGGUAUGCAUGGUAAAAGAGAAACGG